AUGCCAUCCAGCAAGGUUCAUCAAUCCUUAGGGCCCUCCAAGAUGCCUGAAGGAUUCCAGAGCAAAGUUGUGGCCCCUCGUAAUCCUAAACUUGUCAGAGAGGAAGAAAAGGCUGUUACUCUGACUCCAUCUGCCUUCCUAAAGGAGAUGUCUCUUACUACGGAGCAGAAGCUGGCUAGUACUCAUGAGAUGCGGCCACCUCGGAUUAUUGAGCUUUUAGACAUGAGUGAAACCUCCCAUCAAAAGUUCUCUUCAGUUGACCUGGAGCAGAGCUUGUUUCAGCCCUACCCAUCAGAGGUGGUAUUUCAGAACUAUGCCCCUUGUGAGAUCUAUGAAGUCCCGCUGAUUCUAAGGAACAAUGACAAGAUUCCCCGGUUGGUGAAAGUCAUCCUGGAGAGUUCUCCUUACUUCAGAGUUAUCAGUCCCAAUGAUGUGGGUCACAAAGUAGCACCGGGCAUGGCGUCUACCUUCCGCAUCCUCUUCACUCCUGAGGAGAACAAGGAUUACAUCCACCAGGUAACCUGCAUCACGGAAAGAGAAAAGUUUAUUGUGCCUAUCCGAGCUAUAGGGGCUCGGGCAAUACUGGACUUCCCUGACCAACUGAACUUCUCCACCUGCCCCGUCAAGUACAGCACUCAGAAAACUCUGCUGGUUCGCAACAUUGGCAAUAGAGAGGCCCACUACAGAACCAGCCUUCAGAGCCCUUUCUCUGUAGAGCCCUGCAUUGGGACACUGGGUGUAGGGGAGACCAUGCAGCUAACGGUAGAGUUCCAGCCGCUGGAGAUAGGUGAUCACUCCAAGGACCUGAUUGUUCAUUAUGACACCGGUGAGGAUAUCCACAUAAGUUUGUAUGGAGCGGCCACAGACCUCAAUGUCAGACUGGACAAGAACUCCUUGACGAUUGAGAAGACAUACGUUACUUUAGCAAACCAAAGAUCGGUGCUUAUACACAACCGAAGCGACAUCAUUGCACACUUCCAGUGGAAGGUCUUUGUUACUCAAGAAGAGGAGGAACGACAGAAACUAAGGCUCUGUUACCAACUGCAGACCCAGGAAGAGGAUGGGACUGAUACAUUUCUGGAGGAAUGCAAUGCAGACCCUAUGUUCCGAGAGCGCCUUUCCAUUCUCUCCCGCACCUUCCAGAACCACAGGGCAAUGAUGCAAGGAGACUCCAUGUUCUUCUCUGAUAAUAUCUUCGCUAUUGAGCCAGUGGAAGGAGAUGUUUGGCCAAAUUCCACAGCUGAAAUUAAUGUGAUCUUUAAGCCCCGAGAAGCCAAAGUCUAUCACAGAACCAUCUACUGUGACAUCUCAGGCCGUGAGACCCGGCUCCCCCUGCGCAUCAAAGGGGAAGGGAUGGGUCCCAAGCUGCUCUUCAGCUUCGACCAGCUAGAUAUUGGAAAGGUCUUUGUUGGGUCAACACACAGUUAUGAGGCAAUCCUGUGUAACAAAGGAGCCAUUGAUGCCCUCUUUAACUUGAUUCCUCCAUCUACUGCACUGGGCGCCUGUUUUACCCUUGACCCCAAAGAGGGCAUCAUUCUGCCAGGUGGACUUCAAGCCAUCCAGAUCUCCUUCAGUUCCACCAUCCUGGGGGAGUUCACAGAGGAGUUUAAAUUCAGUGUGAAUGGAGCCCCCGAGCCUGUGAACUUAACUAUUAGGGGCUGUGUCAUUGGACCAACGUUUCAUUUCAACGUACCAUCCCUAAAUUUUGGCGAUGUCUCCUUUGGGUUUCCUCAGUCCUUAUCAUGUUGCCUCAGUAACACGUCUUUGAUCCCCAUGACAUUCAACCUUCGCAUCCCUGGGGAUGGCCCUGGCGAUCCAAGUAUUACUAGUUCUGUUCAGACCUUGGACAUCACAAGAACAUCCUGGAGAAAGGGAGCCCAGGGAAGUGUCAAGCCAAAAGAAUUUACCAUAACACCCAGAAGUGGUACCAUUCGCUCUCAUGAGCUCCUGGAUAUCCAGGUGACCUUAUGUUCCAACACUGUGAAGAAAUAUGAAAUGGCAUUGGUGGUGGAUGUGGAUGGUAUCGGAGAGGAAGUGCUGGCACUCCUAAUCACAGCGAGAUGUGUUGUUCCUCCACUGCGUGUGGUUAACCCUGUGGUGAAGUUUGGACGGUGUUUCCUGAAGUUCCCUUACCAGCAGAUGGUGAUGCUUGUGAACGACGCUGAGCUUCCAGGGUGCUACGGGGUUCUCCCUCAGGUUUGUCUGUGUUCUCUUUCAUUGCCUUGUGGCAUUAUUCAACCUCACAACACUGUGGAGAUCCCCUUAGCACUGGAAACCCAAGUGACUGGACAGCAGGACACUGUGGCUUCCAUAGCCAUGUUUGGGAGUGAAGACCCCCGCCUGAAGAUUCAUUUAGUGAGCAUUGGUGAAGGCCCAGUUGUCUACGUGGAUCCUGCUCAGAUAGAUUUCGGCAAUAUCCAGGUUCUAAAGGAUGCUUCCUGUACACUCCACCUCUCCAAUCAGACCGUUAUUCCUGCACCAUUUUGGGCACAGAUGGCUCGCAGUCACUCGUUGUGGAGGAUUGAGCCCAGUGAAGGUGUAGUUCCCCCGGAGGCUGAGGUAUCGCUGACUCUGAUUGCUAACUUGGAUGACAUGGUGAAAUUCCAAGACAAGGUGAACUUGUUCAUACAAAACAGCAAUACCUAUGUGAUCCCAGUCCAGGCUGUUGGCAUUGGUACCACGAUUGUCACGGACAAACCCUUUGCUCCAGCACUCAACUUGGGACCCCAUUUCAGUCUGGAUCCCUGCUGCUAUUGCUUCAAGAUAACCAAUCGUGGACGACGAACCCAUCAGCUCUACUGGAUGACGGAAGGUUUCCCUCCAUUUCGCCAGCGUAACCAUUUCCCUGCUAUCGGUAACGCCAAGGGCAAGAACUUCCCCCAGAGACCAGAGACCUCCUCUCCGGUGUUUAAGCUUCGACCAUUAAGGAUGGAGCUGAUCCCAGGCAAGACCAUGGAUGUGAUGCUGGAAGGCUCCUCUGACACCCCUAAGGUAGUGAAGGAACGAUUGAUUUGCCAUGCCAUUAUAGGGAAGCAGUCUGGGAAGGAACGGAUAAUGCAAGUGGACGUCACAUGUGAAUUCAUCGCACCCAUUCUGCACCUCUCCUCCAAAGAGAUCACUUUCCGAGUGGAGAAGCACCCCAGUGAUGUCCUGACUUCGCAGUAUGAACCUCUGAUCUUAAAGAACAUCUCCUCCCUGCCACUCAGCGUUCUCCUGUCCCUACAAGCCCCCUUCUUCCUCUGUGAUACAGACCAGCAAACACUGCCUGCAGAGGCUCAGCCCAGGACACUAGAAACCGGAGAGGAGCAGCAUCUCUCCAUCAGGUUUGACCCUUCCUACAGAAAGGAUUUGAACACCCGGGUUGCAGAGGAGGUCCUGACUAUCCGGUAUCUGGAACACCCUCAUGAGGACCAGGUCACCCUUCGGGGUGAAGUGCACUUCCCAAACCUCCACUUCCAGACUAUGGAUUUGGAUUUCGGCUGCAUCUUGAACGACACCGAGGUUGUACAUAACAUCAAAAUGACCAACUGCAGCCCGCUUCUCGUCAAGUACCACUGGUCCUUCCUGAUGGACAACUAUGAGAACCAGAUAAGUAGCCUGCUUCCUCAGGACGAUUUCAGGGCCCAUCAGGACCUCCUGAAGCGGAUAGCAGCUAACCUGGGGCUACAGAUUGAGGAGUUUAAGGAAUCAUCCCACAGCUUUGACAUUCAGUCUGCAGCAGCUCCCUCCAAGGUGGCCUCGCCCAUCAGUGAGGCUGUGAUGGGUCCGGUCAAGGUCCUGUGGCAAACUCCUUCUUCUCUGCCCCGCGCCUCAAAGAGAUCAGAGAAGAAAUAUUAUGUGCCACUAUUUGACCAAGUCAUUGAAGCUGAAAUCACGCUAUGCAAUAGCGGGAAGGUUGGAUUUGGGUACAUGGUACUGAACACGAGCCAGGCCUCCGCCGACAACCCUCCGCCAGGAGUGCCACUGAUCCUGCCUGCCACUGGUUACAUUGAAUCCAAAAAAGAACAAGUGCUGAAGGUCUAUUACCUGCCUGGUGUGCCUGAGGUCUUCCAACAGACCUUCCAGAUACAGGUGGCCCACCUGGAGCCAGAGAGCAUCACCUUGAAAGGAGAGGGAACCUUCCCCAGGAUCUGCCUGGAUCUGCCCAGAAACAUCAAAGGAAAUGAAAGGUAUGAGAAUAUCCUCAAGGAGGCAAAACAAAGAAUAGAAGGAGAGACUCAGAGAGAUGAGGCACUUGGCCACCCAGAUGCAAUGGCUGCAGAGCCAUCCAUGGACCAGUCUGGCACCAUGUUUGACACUUGGCUGCAGAUGGAAGUGGAGCGGCUGCUCAUACAAGAACAUGCCCUGGAGCAGCAGAAAGCUAUUAUCUCUGAUCCCACGGAGGACUCCACCCUCAGCCAGCGUGCUCGCCGAAAGCUUGUCAAAGCUCAGCUGCCUGAAUACAUCUUGGACUUUGGCUACAUCAUUCUUGGUAACAUCCGAACUCACAUUGUCAAAAUCACCAACACCAGCCAGUUUCCUGUAUCCUUCCAUGCAGACAGACGGGCCCUGCAUGAUACAGGUUUCAGCGUAGAACUGGACCGCGUGAAGAACCUGCCCUACUGUGAGACAGAAACGUUUGAAGUACGGUUUGAUCCCCGCAGUGCCAACUUGCCCUUGGGAGAUGUGGAAGUGCUCCUGCCCAUCAAGGUUGUGGCUGGCCCGACGUUUCACAUCUGCCUUCGUGCCAAGGUGACCAUGCCUUCGCUCUGCAUCUCCAGCCACAAGCUGGACUUCUCCUCCGUCCAGUGUGGGCAGUGCCAGGUGGAGACCAUCCAGCUCCACAAUCAGCUGCAGGUCGCUUGCGAAUGGUUCGUCACCAGCAAUGAGCGCAUCAAAAAGGUGGAUAAACACUUGCCAGCCAGUCUGCGGCGGAGGCUGCGUCAGGAAUUCAAAUCAAAGCCCCACAUCUUUGAGAUGAUCCCCUCAUCUGGAAUGCUGGCUCCAGGGGAGCGACUCAAUGUGCAGGUCAAGUUUGCGCCAGUGGAAGAGAGGUUCUACAGCAACCAUCUAACGGUGCACAUCUCCCAGAGCAGUGAGCGGCUGCUGUUGCUUGUCUCUGGAUACGGUCUGGAGCCACGGCUGGAGUUCACACCCUCAGUGCUGGAGCUGGGGCCCCUGCUGCCGUAUGGUGUGGGGGAUGAGGCAGAGGUGGUAGUGAAGAACCCAUGCAAGUUCCCCAUUGAGUUCUACUCCUUGGAGUUUGACCAGCAGUAUCUGACUGAGGAGAGGAUUUUGCGGAUGCUGAAGGGCUACGAUUCCCAUAACACCCUGCUGCUGCCCCCUCGCAUCCCAGGUGAGAAGCUGCCUCCGGAGGUGCUGGAGUAUUACAAAGACCAGAAGAGGAUUCCAGAUGAGCAAGCUAAGGCCAAAAUGAUGGAGGCAAUAGGCCAAGAGAACGUGCAAACGCUGGUGGAGGAAACCCAGCAAAACCCUUCUGGGACCACACGCACUGCCUCCACCACUAUCACCAUCUUUCCCUCCAUCUCCGUGUUUGAGGAAAGCCGUUCUCACAAGGUGGAGUCUAAAUUCGAGCAGGAGGAAGAGGAGGAGGAGGAGGAGGAAGGUGCUGAAAAAGGACAGGGGCUAGGUAACCACUCCCACAUUGAUGGCAGCUGCAAAGAGGCUGUUGGAGAACUAGACAACAACCCAAUUUCCAGAGCCAUCGCACGCCACCUUGGCAUCGAUAUCUCUCCAGAAGGUCGUGCAGCCAGAAACCGCAGAGGCAUUGUCAUCAUAAUCCAUGGCGCUCCCCUUACAGGAAAGACAACUGCAGCUGUCACCUUGGCCAAACACUACAGUGCUGCCUGCCUAUCCAUCGACGCUGUGGUGCUGGAAGCCCUCUCCGACAGGAGCAGUUCCGCGGGGCUUCGCGCACGGGAGCUGUGCAUCAGGGCCGCCAUUGAGCAGGCACAGCGGGAGUCAGAGGAAGCUGGUCAGUCUUCCGAGGGCUCUGCAGGGCAGACAGCUCUGAGCACAAGACUGAGCGUUGAGGCUUUGGCCAAGCAUACCACGGAGGGUAGCCAGCCGAGCUCCGAGACCAAAACCGGGCCACAGUCCAUCACCUCCAAGGGCUACAGGGGCAGCACAGGAACAGGCAGGGGGAAGUCAGAAGGCCAUGCCUCGCAGGCACAGAAGCAGCAGCACCAAUCGGAUCAAACCGGAUCACAGGUGAAAGCGAAUUCACAUCACCCUAUUCCCAGUGCUCCUAUCCAGCGACGGCUCAGCGUCAGUGCCAGCAUGGCAGGAGAAUCAGGCCUGAUGAGCUGCAUGCUUCCCGAGGAGCUACUGGUGGAGAUCCUUUCCGAGAGGAUGCAGCUGAGUGACUGCUAUCAGGGCGUGGUGUUUGAUGGACUAGAAACACUCUUUGCCCGCAAUAUGCCUUCUGCUCUCCUUUGCCUGCUCAAAGCAAUCAACAACCGGCGUUACAUUUACAUGGUGAACCUGUUCCAGGAUUAUGCUGCCAUGAAGGCUAGGGAGAAAGCCAAGAAAGAGCAGGAAGAACAGGAACAGAAAGACGCCAUUGCGAGGGAAAAGGCUCGUCUCCAGGAGAUGGAUGAGGAAGAGUACGACGCUCUCACUGAGGAGCAGAAAAUUCAGUUUGAUAAUGAACUGCUCCAAGCUCUACGGGAGCGGAAAAAGAGGGAGCUGGAGAAGUUGGCUCGAGAGCUCGAGGAAAAGAAGCACCAGCAGGAAUUGGAGCGCUUGCGAGAGGAAGAAGAGAUGAGGAAGAAGACCAAGCGGUGGAAGAGAGAGUCUGGAAAAGACAAAGAUGAGGCCUUGGGAAAGAAAAGCCAGCUGGGAGGCAAACAGGUAUGUGGGUCUGCUAAUAAAGGUGGUGCCAGUAUCGCCACUGUCAAUAGGUCAGACCUCAAGCUGAACGAAGGGGUGGAGAGGAAAGUGUCUGUGAGAGAGCGUCCAGAUUCUGUGGCAUGUGACAAGGAGGACAAGAAAAAGCGGAGCAAACUCAUUCUGCCAGACGUCCUGCCACUUGGGCUGAUGCCACCCCCGAUCCCGGAGCAGGAGGAAACGGAAAAGGAGGUGGUAAGUGACAGUGAGAAGAACUUGACACAGAGGUUUAAAGUCUAUGAGGCCGCACAGAGGGAAAUUGUCCAGAUUUUGUCACUCUGGGACCGGGUGCAGGGUGUCCAGCUGCCGCCCCCAGGCCUUGAGGAGACCCAGCAUGAAGCAGAAGAUCAGCGUCAGGCUCCGUCUGGCCGCAAGGGCCGGAAGGAUAGGGAAAGGGAGCGUCAGGAAAGACUGGAGAAGGAGAGAGCCGAGAGAGAGCGGCUGGAAAAGGAGAGAGCUGAGAAGGAGCGCCUGGAAAAGCUAAAGGCACUGGCGGACUCUAAGGUGUCUGGGCUGGAGGGAGAAGGGGCAGAAGGAGCAGACAAAGACCAGGAUGGAAAGAAAGACGUGGGGGUGCCAUGCUUGGACUUCCAUGUACUGAACUCAGAGGACACCAGUGGGAAGAGGAUCUUGGAGAGUGGCAAGCUGCCGGAAGUAGAGCAGAUCCUGGACGGCUUGGGGCUCGGUCCCUCAGGGCCACCCAUCCCUCCGACCACCUUUUUCUCCGUGAUUCCCUACCCAGAGAAGCGGAUAGCUCAUGUGGCAGGAGAAGCCCUCAAGCACUUCACCUUCGUUGUGCCCGAAGAUACAAAUAUGGAUGAGGAAAAGAAGGAUGCAGAGGGCAGUGCAGAUGCUUCUGUCGCUGUCCCUGUGGUGAAGGUACAGGGCUAAGAAGAACAGAUCACCCCAACCAGAGGCAGACUGAAGAAGGACAAAGCAGAGCCCAGCCGUGAGGCUCAGAAGGAUAAGCGCAGCACAGGCCGCAAGAAGGGUCUUCAGGGGCCAGGCCCCGGAGCACUGGCACCACUGUCAGAGCUGGAUCAAAGCAACUUGAUUGGGGACCAAUCCCAAGAAAAGAUCCUCAGGCUGAGCAGCUUCCGUUGGACGGUGCCUGCUAACGGAGAGGUUGUCAUGAAGAUACACUUCUCCUCCACCGUGGCAGGGCAGUUUGAUCAGACCCUGAACUUCGAGAUCCUGGGCACGCGCCGGCAGUACCAGCUUUACUGCAGAGGCACCUGCACUUACCCUACCAUCAGCCAGGACCCCAGGGUGGUAUUUCCCCACCGGAGGAAGAGUGCGAAGCCUGACGACAUCAUCUUCAAACAGUACGUGAUGAGCUCAGGGGUGUUCCACUUCGGCCCCUUGCUCUGUGGAAAGUCGAGAGACAGAUACAAGGCCCUCCGAUACCCCAACAACUCCGAGAAGAUAACCAUCCUCAACGCAUCCCCUUUGGAAGCGGAAGUGUUUUUCUGCUUCCAGCAUGACAUCAAGGCAAAUACAUACCUCUUGGAUCCUCCCACCAUGAUGCUGAAACCCAAUGAGAAGCAGGAGCUGAGCAUAUGGGCGUACCCCACCGCACCUGGCAUAUUUGAUGACAGCAUCGUCUGCUGCAUUAAAGAGAAUCCAGAGCCAGUGGUCUUCAGAAUCUGCUGCCAAGGGGUGCGUCCCGAACUGGAGCUCGACCGCAAGCAGUUGCAUUUUGAGAAGCUGCUGCUGCACAGAAAGGACACCAAGAUGCUUUUCUUGAGAAACACCUCCCCGAUGCCUGUAGCCUGGCGGCUCAGCGGCCUGGAGAACUUGGGGGAUGAUUUCUCUGUCUCACAAGACCAGGGCAUCAUCGGUCCCCGCUCGGAGUACUGCCUGCAGCUGCAUUUUAAGGCUACAAAACCUCUCAACAUUAAGAAGGUCAUCCGACUGGAGGUUUCAGACAUGGAAAACAUCCUGGGGAUUGUUCAGUACGAAAACAUCCAAAUCCUUGCCGAGUCCUAUGACGUUGCUCUGGACAUCAGCUUCCCCAGAGGUACAGAUGGUGGUUUGGAUUUUGGGGUCAUUAGAGUAUUGGAUGAAGCUAGGCAAAUGGUGUCCCUGAAGAACAAAGGAAAAUAUGAGAUUGGAUACAGCUUCACUCUAGAAUGCCCUGAAGCCAACAUGCCACAUUUGAACUCUGUCUUCAACAUCCAGCCCCAGAAGGGGACUUUAGCCGCUGUUGACCGCCCCGCUCAGAUCCAGAUCACCUUUCGCUCCAAGAAGGAAAUGAAAAUUGAAGAUAAGCCUAUCCUGUACUGCCAGGUGAUUGAGCCCAAUGUCUGUGAAGGAGGCGAGACCAUUGCCAGCAUUCCAGUGAAAGUGUCAGUGAAUUCUUUGUUCACCAAGUACAGCAUUUCCCCAGCCUCGCUCGUCAACUUUGGCUCCAUGAUGAACAGCACCCGGAAGACCUGCAGCUUCACUCUGGAGAACAAAGGUGCUCUUGAUUUCAAAUACUUCAUCGGCAAGCUAAUACGAGAUCUGCCCAUCCUACCAAAAAAGGGACCAUCUCACAUCAAGCACUCCCGUUCCCGUGACAGCGAGACCUUAAGCAAAAUCCCUCCUAUUGGCAAACAAAGCAAGCGCACGGAAUCUCUUCAGAAGGACAUCAACCUUGUUGCGCAGGCUCGCUUCACUCUAGGCAUGUUCACAGUGUAUCCUGGAUUUGGAUCCAUCCCUGCAGGAGGCCAACAGAUCAUCACAGUUGAUUGUUUAGCAGAGCCAGUGGGAAAGUGUGAGGAAUACCUGGCCAUUGACAUCACCGACAGGGACCCUGACGAUAAUCCGGGAGGCAUCCCAUACACCUUGAUUGCUGAGUCAUGCCUACCAGCCUUUGUGGUCGAUGACAUCGGGUCCAUUUUUGAGGAACAUCGGAUCUGCAGCAACAUCAACCUUUACCAGAUCCUGCAGGCAGUGGAAGGCGGAGGAGUGUUUGUAUCAGAUGAGAACAAGUUCAUCUUCAGUAACGUCCUGGUUGGGCACCAGGCAACAGCUCGGUUCAAGAUCGCCAAUGUGGGCAGAAUUCCUUGUGACGUAGUCCUCGCGGUCAAGCCUGUCUCCAGCAAGGCUGCUGCCCGCAUUAACGACAUCUUCGAGGUGGAUCCCAUUCGGAUGUGCGUCCCCAGCCGCUCCCAUGCCUUUGCUACCGUGACUUUCACCCCACAGACGAUGCAGAGCUACCAGUGCGUUUUUGAGGCUUUCAUUGAUGGACUGCCAAGCUUGGUUGCCAAAUCACGAAAUUUAACAUUUGAUAUCACCGGGGACGGGAACUUCCCCCGAGUGACCAUCUUGCGCCCUGUCCUCCGCAACAAAAGAGGGAACCCACUGCUCCUCUUCAAGAGGCUCUUGCUAGAGCGAUCGGAGAAACUCCCUUUUGUCCUUAAGAACAGUGGCAUGAUACCCGUCCAGGUGAUGGUUGACCUGUUGGAUGAUUAUGGAGUUUUCUCACUGAAACCCAGGCCUACCACUCACUGCCUCUAUGUGGCUCAGAGUGAGGGGGAUGAAUCGGGCAGAGAAGGAAGGAAACCCCACACAGCUUCCCUAAUCCUGCAGAAUGGUGAGUCGGCAGAGUUUGAUGUGCUUUUCAAACCCAGCCUGGCCCAGCGGGUGGAAGGGAAAAUCCAUCUGUCAGUGGUGGACAAUCAGUAUGAGGAAACCUGCAUUCAGAUGGUGGGAGAGGGCUACCAAGACGAUAUCACGCUGGAUAACAUCCAUGGGCUGGUAGCAGAGAGCAACGAGGAGAAUGCAGAGGGGCAGCUGGAGGAGGACAGAGUGGAGGCUGCCAGAGAAGAUCACAUCCAGUUUGGGGACUGUCACAUCGGGAGGCCCUACCAGGUGACCUUCACGAUAACCAAUCGCAGCAAAGCAGACGUGAUGAGGUUUGAAUGGCCGGCUGCGGCUUCGCUUGUCUUCUCUCCCCAGGUUGGCCACCUCCAUGCUGAAUGUGCUAAGGAUAUCACAGUGACUUUGAAAUCUAAUGUUCCUGUCACCUUCAAAAUGCACACGGUUAAGUGUAAGGUGUCCAGAAUCACCUUCCAGCAUCCUGCGGACCAGGUCCCUGACUGGGAUGACCGCCUGCAUACUGUCAAGUGGGUGGAUGCUCUGAGGAGCCUGACGACCACGCGCCCAACAAAGAGGAAGGUGAUAGAGACAGACCCCGAACCCGCCCACACUGUUCUGGAAGACAACAACCGAGAGCUAGAACUUCGAAUCAGUGCCAUUGUUGAUUACACCCAGUUCAAGCUAGAAGCUAACUUGGUGCAGUUCAAGGAGACCUUGCUCUUCCAGACCAGGGUGUUCAAGUUCCAGCUGUCCAAUAAGGGGAAUGUGGCGCUGGAGUACUCAUGGAAGGUGGUCAUGGAGGACAGCAGAAGGGCAGUCAACUUUACUGAAGAACCGUUGCCAUACUGUCCUGAAGGAGAGUUCCCAUCUGCCACAUCUGCUGCCUCCACCAAAAUACCAUGCAGUCGACCCGCUAGCCAGCUAGGCAGUGUUCUGGAGAGUGUCUCAUCCUUCCUGUGUGCUCUUGCUGCUCUCCCUCCAUUCUCCAUGGAACCCAGCAGUGGCCUCAUCCCAGCCGGGAAGAAGCAGCAGUUCCUGUUGAAAUUCUCCCCACUGGAAGUGGGAGAAUUUGAGGGCCGCCUACUCUGCAGUAUCCCCAACCUGAAGCCCAAUCACCAAGGCCCCGUAGUGGCUGUGAAGGGGAGAAGCCUCCUGCCAUACUGCCAUUUCGAGCUGGAGGACUCUGACUACCUCACCGCAAACAGGCGCAACCCAGAGCUGCGAGGGCCCUGGGGGGCUGCGCUGGAUCCCAACACCAGGGUGAUUGAGUUUGCAUCCGUCGGAGUGCACGCUCGGAACAGCAGGACCUUCAUGCUUGUGAACCCCACCAAUUCCACCUACUCCUUCCAGUGGGCUUGUGAACAGCCAGAAGACUUGCGAGAACAGUCAGUCUUCAGCUGUCUGACAGAAAUGGGCCAGAUCCGGCCUGAGAAGAAGGCCAAGGUCACGUUUGAAUUCAUCCCGCAGCACCUGGGUACCACAGAAUCGUUUUGGACCUUUACAAUCCCUGAACAGAACAUCUCAGUCCCAUUCCUGUUGGUGGGCAACACCACCGACCCCUCAGUAUCGCUGGACAGAUCCCACCUGAACUAUUUCUCUCUGUUAGUCGGACAUGAGGCCCACAAGACGGUUCACAUGAUUAACAACGAGAAUGAGACCUUCAGCUUUGCUUUCAGAGACUCCUCGCGCUAUUCAGAGGGACACAUUAACUACCUAACAGUGCAGCCCAUGGAGGGCUGCAUUCCACCUCUUUCCAGGCUUCCUGUUACCAUCCUCUUCACACCAACGUUGGAGGGGGAGGUGAACUUUAACCUCAUCUGUGAUGUCAAGAGAAAGACCCAGCCGCUCUCCUUAAACGUCAAAGCCAUUGGCUACAGCAUGAACGUGUGCGUCAGGUGCGAAGAAAACGACGGCUUGUUCACCGAGCUGAGUCUGCAGGAGAGCAGCAGCAUCAACUUUGAGGAGGUGGAAAUAAACGACUCUGCUUACCGCAACUUCUGUGUCCUGAACACUGGCAAGUUCAAUUUCAGCUUCUCGUGGGAGUUUUCCGGCCCCAAAGCACUGCAGCACUACCUCUCCAUCACCCCCGAGAACGGCACUGUGGAGGCAGGAGAGCGAGUACAGGCCCAGCUGACCUUCCACCCACUGAAGACAUGCAUCUUAAAGGACAUGGAGCUUAAGCUAAAGAUCAGCAACGGGCCCACGUUUAGCUGCAUGCUCCUGGCUUCUGUGGUGAUGCCCACCAUCCACUUCUCCUUUACCAAGCUUGACUUCGGAACCUGCUUCAUCUACUACGCCGGGAUGCCCCCUGCCAGACACAUCCUUACCAUCACAAACAAGGAGGCCAAGGAGAUUAGCUUAGACUGCUUGUACACCAACACUGCCCACUUUGAGGUGAGCUUCCAGGCUGAAGUGCUGAGUCCAGGAGGGAAGAUGGAGGUGCCAAUCACUUUCUAUCCCCGAGAGGCCGUUUCCUACCACGAUAUCAUCCCCUUUGAAAUCAAUGGGCUUUCCCAACAGACCAUUGAGGUCCUGGGGAAGGGCACGGAGAUGAAGAUUGACAUCUUGGAACCGCCCAGCAAAGUGGUGAGAUUGGGCGCGCUGUCUGUUGGACAAACUAUGAAGAAGACUGUCACAAUAGUGAACAAUAGUGUUGCCCUUCUCACUUUUAACCUAACUUUCAUGUUCACUGUUCCCGAGCUCCUGGAAUCUAAGGUUCUCAGCUUGUCUCCAUCCAGCGACAUAACUCUGAAGCCCAAAGGGGGCACCUGCAGCGUAGAGGUGACUUUCUCCCCAAAGUGCCGCAUCCCGCUGUUCGCAGAGGAGGUGAUGCUCGAGUGCAUGGGGCUGCUGCGCUCCUUCUUCGUGGUGCGGGGCUGCUGCCAGGGCAUUGAAGUGAGCUUGGACCAGGAUCAUAUCCCCUUUGGAGCAGUGGUGCAGCGGAGCCAGGCUUCCCGGCGCGUCCUCAUGCAGAACACAGGAGACAUAGGAGUCAGAUUUAAAUGGGACAUCAAGAGCUUUGAGCCAGAUUUCUCCAUCAGCCCGGUGGAGGGCUACAUCUCCCCAGGAAUGGAAGUCCCCUUCGAAGUGACCUUUCAUCCCUGUGAGCUGAACCCGGAUAUCCACUAUGACAACCUGCAGUGCUGCAUCCAGGGCAGCGAAGCGCUCAAGCUCACUCUGGCUGGCUGCUGCGUGGUGGUGCCUAUGACAAAAGAGGUGAUGAAUUUCACGUGUCAGGUGCGUGGAAAACACACCCAGACUAUCAUGCUGUCCAACCGGAGCAACCAGUCAUGGAACCUGCAGCCCAUCAUUGAGGGGGAACAAUGGAAAGGGCCUGAAUUCAUCAGGGUAGAGGCCCAUCAGCAAAACAAGCCCUACGAGAUCACUUACAGACCCCUCACCAUGAACGUGGAGAACAAGAAGCAUCAGGGCUCCAUCUUCUUUCCGCUCCCCGAUGGGACAGGUUUGCUGUACCUCCUGCAGGGGACUGCAGAGCCCCCUAAGUCUUCAGGGACCAUUGUCCGAGAGGUGCCAUGCAAAACUACCUACACUGAAUUGCUCCCCAUCGCGAACUGGCUGAACAAGCCACAAAGAUUCCAUGUGAUAGUGGAUGUGAUCAAACCAGAAAAGCUGGACAUCACCACCAUGCUGAAGGGGCUGGACUACACGGAAGUGCCUGCCUCCUCCAAGAAGGACUAUAAGCUCACCUUCUUCUCCUACAAGGAAGGGCUAUUCAGUGCCAAGGUGACCUUUCGCAAUGAGGCGACACAGGAGUACGUGUUCUACCUGGUCACGUUCAAGGCCAUCCCUUCUGGUCCGGUCAGCACCAUCGAGAUGGUUACCCCUGUUCGGCAGAGCACGUCCUCCUCCGUCAAGGUGGAGAACCCCCUCGUCUUCCCGGUGACGUUCACUACAGACUGCAAAGUGCCCGAUGUCAACCUCCCGCCGCAGUUCAUUGUGCCCGCCCAGUCCGAGGGCAGUGCUGUCACUGUGCUAACUCCAAGUGCAAUCCCACGAGGCUUCUGCCUGCCCUUCUAA